CUUGCCUUAAACUAAUGAGUAAGGAAAACAAAGCGAGCGGUGAGAGCCGGUCGCAGCGCUAACAGUAAAACAUAGAAAGUGGCGCAAGAAUUUAUGGAAGGGAAAUAGGCUGGCCGAGUCGUUGACGCUGCUUACUUUUGCAGAACUCGACUCGCGCGGGCCUCCCACAUCCCCCAAUUUAAUAUCCCUAAACUUUUUUUAUGUUUUAAAAUUAACACAACUUAUUAACUAAGACAAUAUGUGUAAUUCGCUCGAGCACUUUUUUUUUUUUUUGAGAAAGAGCUACGGGAAGUUUCACCAGCGUAUAUCUCCUUUUUUUUUAGGUAAUCGCUUCGCUGAAACGUUCGACAAAAUUGAGAUCAGAUCAGGGGUAAAGAAAGCUUCACAUCGAUUAGGAAGAUACUCUGUUUGGUCGUUUAAGCUUUUGUUCCUGUCUCUUUUGUUUUCUGAAUGCUCCGAUUUAUAACAUGAUCGGUUACCAAAUUCAUUAUCUCAUAAAUUUAUUAACUCAAAAUUUUAUUAUUUAUUUAUGUAUUGUAUUACACGAAAGUAAAGUUCACUCUACAAAAUGUAAAAAAAAAAAAAAAAUGAUUUAGAUUGGAUCUCUUUCAAAAAUGAUAUAUCUGAAGGGUUUUUAGGGAUAAUCUGUGUGAUUCAUGAGCAGGUACAAGUUUCACUAGCGAAUUGCUCUCUUCUCCUAAUCGCUGUUGCAAUUCCGACAAAAAUCAUCUUCCCAUCGAGGAGAAAGUUCCUGCUUGGUCGUGAUUUCUCAGUCUACCUUAUUUCUCCAGAACAUGGAAGAAGCUCAUUCAGUGAAUAGUCCAAGACGGGUUCUAAGCUUCUCCAAGAGAAGGAAGCAAAAGCCCUUCGGUUUCCAGGAUUCAGACAGCAUAAGCUCAUCUACGCUCAGAGCAUCGCAAGUGCACGGACCUAAACCCUCUGAGGUGUAUGGUUUUGUAGGGUCCAUAUCCACGGUUGUUGCCACGGUGAUCUUCUUGAUAUGGGCUUAUGUGCCAGAUAAACUGUUGGAGUCUAUAGGGAUCCACUACUACCCAAGCAGGUAUUGGGUCUUGGCUAUGCCCACGUAUCUGAUGGUGACUUUGCUGUUGGGUUUGGCGUUUUACGUUGGUCUCAACUUCAUCGCCACUCCACACCCUACCUCUCUCAGUACCUUGUUUGAUGAGUACAGUCGAGAACCUGGGGAAAUUGAUUCUCAGAUGGAGGAAGGGGACGAGAGGCCUAUAGAUCCAAUCUCUGACAUUGAUAUUACAAGAAUCAAUGAUCUUAUGUUCAACUCAAAAUGAUGUCAAGUGAUAUUUUUUUGUUUUGAUUCUUUAGAAGCUUUAAAAACCAGCUAGCUUUUGAUAUAGUGACUGGUGUUAACUGGACCUGUUACUAUGUUUUUUUCAAAUCCUUAUCAGCAGAGCGUUUCUUUGUGA